CUUUAUAUAGAUGGUGACAUAAAACCUGAAAAGGAGUACGACAUGACUGCAUACCCAGAAGCCCUGAAUUCUCCUGAAGGUGUUGCCAUAUCAGGCUUAUUAAUCCCAUUGGAGUUUAUUGAACCUUCUCUUAAUAGUAAGCGGUCAGGAUUUUCUUCAGAUGCUUCAUACAAAUUAACACGUUUUAGAAGAGACUGCUCCUGUGAUGGAAUUCGAAUAAGUGAUCCCUUGAAACUUCUUGAUGAUAAUCAUGGAAGCUCAGAAUUAAACGAAAAGAGUUAUGGACCAGAUGGAGAAAACAAUCCCACAAAACGAAAUUUUUUGCAUUCAUAUAGGGACAAACAUGGAAGGAUACAGAAAAGAAAAUUGUACCAUUUUCACUUCAAAAAUAAAAAUGGAGAGAUUGAAAAGAAAUCUUGUUUUUGUGGAUAUCAUGGUCAUGGUGGUCAUGAAGAUGGUCAUCAUGAAGUUGGAAUUGAUCAUGGUGACGGUGGUGUUGGACAUGGUGAAGGUCGAUGGUGGGGCCACGGAGAUUCUGACCAUGGUGAUUAUGGUCAUGGUGGUGGUUUUCGUCACAACAGCUAUGGAGGCCAUGGUGGUCAUGGUGAUUUUGAAGGAGGUCAUGGCGAAGGAAGCUGGGGUCAUGGGGGUGGACAUGGAGGAGGAGAUUUUGGUGGAGGUCAUGGAGGCUACGGAUGGGGUGGUGAGAGUGUUCAUGUUGGAGGUCACAUUGAUGCAGGAGAUGGUGGUGGUUUUGGUGGAGGAGGAGGUUUUGGAGGUGGAAGUCAUGGAGGUGGUUUUGGAGGAGGAGGAUUUGGCGGUGGUGGUUUUGGUGGAGGAGAAGGACAUGCAGGUGGUUUUGGUGGGGGAGAGGGACACGGAGGUGGUUUUGGUGGGGGAGGAUUUGGUAGUGAUGGUUUUGGUGGAGGAGACGGACACGGAGUUGGUUUUGGUGGGGGAGGAUUUGGCGGUGGAGGUUUUGGUGGCGGAGGAGGAGGACAUGGAGGUGGUUUUGGCGGAGAAGGAAUUGGUGGUGGUGGUUUUGGUGGAGGAGAGGGACAUGGAGGUGGUUUUGGUGGGGGAGGAUUUGGCGGUGGUGGUUUUGGUGGAGGAGUGGGUUUUGGAGGGGGUGGCUUUGGUGAAGGAGGAGGAGGAGGAUUUGGAGGAGGUCAUCAUUAUGGUGGAGCAGGAGCCAUACAUAUUAACGAAGGUCAUGGCGGUCUUGGAGCUCUUGGCGCGUUAGGUGGUGGUGGAUUAGGAGGUGGUGGUUUAGGAGGUGGAGGCUUAGGAGGUGGUGGCUUGGGAGGUGGUGGUAUAGGUGGUUUGGGAUUUGGUGGAAAUGGUCAUGAACUAAGUUUUAAUGGUGAGCACCCUCAUGCUACAGAUUUUGUUGGUAUGGGCAUUGGUCACGACAACAUUCCGACAGCACAAAAGACAUUACCUUUUUUGAAACUGACCAAUGACAAACAACGUGACAUGACUACCUUUAAAAGUAGAAAAUUACACAGACAUAAACGAAAUCUUAAAACGGACCUGAGCAAAGUCAAGCAGAUUGGACAAAAAGAAGUUGCCCGGAUAAAAAAACCUGUUUCGGAUACGACAGGAAAGCGAGAUUUUGAUGUACAUAUUGAAAAUCAUGAAACUAACUCCCAGAACAUGUUUGACAUGCCUGGAAACCAUUAUGACAACGGUUUUUCAUCAGGUUUAUUUCCCUUAAGAAACAUAGGUCUUGAAGCACAUGUGAAUGAUCAUGAAGGAGGAUUUCUGCAUAGAGCCAACAAUCAGGACAACAUAAAUUAUCAUGCAGCGGAUAGUGUAGCGCCUGUUGUUACAAAUAAUUUUGUUGAAGCCAACGGUGAAAAUGGUGGUGAUGGAUAUUACGGCAUGCAUAUUCUGGAUCAUGGUUAUGGUGCAUUAAUGAGUUUACCUGGUAUGAGUUCAAAAAAUUCAUUUCAUCAGCAUCAGUAUGACGAAGAUCAUAGUGGUGAACAGAAACAUUGGAACAAUCAUUUAAAUCAUGAUCAUUCAAACAAUUACAAAACAUUUGAUUCAUCGGAACAAAACAAAGACAUGCACACUUCUCAGGAAGAUCAUAAUAGUUUUCCAGAUCAUGGUAUCCGGAAGCCUUUUUAUGAUAAAACCCUGGCUCAGGAUCAUGAGCAAGCUGGCACUAUUCCAUACUUAGGACGUCAAAAUGGAAUGAGAGAUUAUGGAAUUCAGCCAUUCCUACAUGAUCAUGACUAUACUGAUACAUCUAGUUUUUCCACUUCGUCGACGGGUAUUGCAGAUCAUGGAAUAGAGACACUUUUCGAUGACCAUGACCAAGCUGGAACAUUUCCAUAUCCUGAACAUUCUUCUGAACAUUUUGAUCAUGGAAUAGGCAUGCUCUCGGAGGAUCACCACCAAGCUGGUAUAUCUGCAUAUCCUGGCCAUACCCCCGAACAUUUUGAUCAUGGCAUAGGCAUGCUAUCGAAGGACCAUCACCAAGCAGGGAUAUUUGCAAAUCCUGGCCAUUCCUCUGAACAUUUUGAUCAUGGAAUAGGCAUGCUAUCGAAAGACCACCACCAAGCUGGUGUAUCUGAGUAUCCUGGCCAUUCUCCCGAACAUUUUGAUCAUGGAAUAGGCAUGCUCUCGGAGGACCAUCACCACGCUGGGGUAUUUGCAUAUCCCGGACAUUCUUCUGAAACAUUUGAUCAUGGCAUAGGCAUGCUCUCAGAGGACCACCACCAAGCUGGGGUAUUUGCGUAUCCUGAACAUUCUUCUGAAACAUUUGAUCAUGGCAUAGGCAUGCUCUCAGAGGACCACCAUCAAGCUGGAGUAUCUGCUUAUCCUGGGCAUUCUUCUGAAACUUUUGAUCAUGGCAUAGGUAUGCUCUCAGAGGACCACCAUCAAGCUGGAGUAUCUGCAUAUCCUGGUCAUUCCUCCGAAACUUUUGAUCAUGGCAUAGGUAUGCUCUCAAAGGACCACCAUCAAGCUGGAGUAUCUGCAUAUCCUGGUCAUUCUUCCGAAACCUUUGAUCAUGGCAUAGGCAUGCUUUCAGAGGACCACCACCAAUCUGGAGUAUCGGCAUAUCCUGGGCAAUCUUCUGAACAUUUUGACCAUGGAAUAGGUAUGCUCUCGGAGGACCACCAACAAGCUGGAGUAUCUGCAUAUCCUGGGCAUUCUUCGGAACGUAUUGAUCAUGGUAUAGGCAUGCUCUCAAAAGACCACCACCAAGCUGGGGUAUCUGCAUAUCCUGGACAUUCUUCUGAAAGCUUUGACCAUGGCAUAGGUAUGUUGUCAGAGGAUCACUAUUCAUUUGGUGAACCGAGCGCUAUGGAGGGCAGCUAUGGUGUUGAUCAUCUGUUGUCACAAAAUUACCAUUAUGGUAAAGUUGAUUGCCGUGGCAGAGAUUGUGUACCAAAUAACUUCCAUGCUUCUGCACAAAAUUGUGGCAAGAACGGUUGUAUAAACUAUGGUUUAUCGAUGUCACCAAAGCCUAGUAAUGCUCAUAUGGAUGUUCGAGUUGGAAGUCAUUCCUUUGAUCAGUAUCCUUUGAAUCCUAUUACAGUAGAGUCUCACGUAUAUAAUCAUUUUACACAUUUUCCUAAUCAUCUUGGGGCUUACCCAAUGCAUGCAGCUGGUGUUGGUAUUAGUGGAGGAAUUGGAAGUCAUGGUUUUCAAGGACUGGAUGGUGUUGAAUCUCGUUUGCCUUACCUUGACAACACAGAUAACAGUCACAGAGAAUCACCAGAUCAUUCAAACAAGGAAGAGUUUGAUUCUAAUCAUGUUCAAGGUGUACAUUUCUCAGAAAACUGUCAUGGCGGUGCUUGUGCACAACCACUUGGUACUUCUCAUAGUACUCAUGAAGAUUUUAAUUUGAACAAAUUACUUCAUCACACCAUGAUGCAUGAUCACAAUGUGAAUGACAUAGUGCAAGACAUUAUAAAGGACCAGGACAAAGGUUUAAUGAAAAAUGCAGAUCAUAUGCAUUUAAAGGUGAUGCGAAAACCAGCUGAUUUUGAAAAACAAUCCAAAGAGUUUGAGGAAUCUUUCAACGAGCUUGAGGAAUAUCAGCCAAAAAAUGACAAAGAGAAAUUUGAUUCUGAUCUAAAAAAAGUUGAAGAACAUGAAGAACAUUUAAAUUAUCCAAUUGAGCAUUACGGCGACCAUGAAAUAAAAAAUAAAGAAGGUAAUCAUGGCAAAGGUGAUGAAGGAUCAGACAGAAAACCUGUCAUUGAAGAUAAGAAUGAUGGGGAUGAAGACAUGAAACCUGAUAUACAUAAGGAGAAAGAUGUACAUGAAAACAAAUUACCCAAACUUUUAGAACAGAUUUCUAAUUCUGAUCACCAUGUCAAUCUUGAUGAACAGCACAAAGAAGAAUUUACUCCUGAACAGAACUAUUUUGGAUCUCAUGUAAACUUAGAACAAGAGCGCCAAAAAAAUUUACACAAAGAACAUGACAAGCUCUUAAAAAUGGAACAUGAUUUAUAUGGUAACGGCGUGCAUUCAAAUUUAGAAUUCCAACGCCAAGAAAAUUUACACAAGGAUCAUGAUGAAACCUUAAAAGCCGAAGAAAAAAUUUUAGAUAAGUUAUCAAAUAAGUUAGGCCAUGGAGACCCACAUCGUGGAGCACAGAUUUUAAGUCAUCUUCUUGACGAUUCGUAUGAAGUUGUAAAUGUCCACAGUGAAGGAAAAAAUACUGCUGAAGACCCCACCGAUAAGCUUGUUGGGAAAAACUUGCAUGACAUAACAAGUGAUGAGAAUAAUAAUUCUGAGCAAAUGCAACAAAAAAGAUCAUGGUAUACCUUGAAAGGACUUUCUAAUGAAUUAAAAAGUGGAACAUCAGCUGGAAAUUUAGUUGGAUCUAGAGGGAAAAUAUAUACACGCAUGAAGAGCUCACAUAAUCAUUGGGUUGGAUUUCCAGGAUUUCCCGUAUCACUCUUAAACAAUCAACAUAUGGAAUCAGACAUGUUACCUAUACCCAAAUCGUCGUACGGUUUAAAUAUGUUAGGGCAUGUAAAACGCAUGAAAACAGAAAGGCAUAAUAGGGGUUGGCACGAAUAUGCACGACCUCACUUGCAUUCCAUCUCUGAUGUGACACAUUGGGGCGGAAUGACUGUACUAACAAGAAACCCAUACAAUGAAAAGCGUGGGCCAUAUUUAAUUGAUCAUUGGGGUAGCAUUAUGGAUCUUAGUAAACGAAAUUUACCCGGAUAUAUCUUCACUAGUAAGGUUAGUCACCAUGGUUACCUUUAUAUCCCAGUGACGUCAAUUACAAGACAUCACACGGCUGAUGAUUUCAAACAUGGGCGCUGGGAAAAUAAAAAACACGUUGUAUUGACUCCAGUGGGUUUAAUGGAACUGUCUCCUGUAACAUCUUCUGAGUUAGAUUCUAUUGUGAACUGGAAAAUGCAAAAAGAUGAACAAAAAGACGGCAAAACAAAGAGAGAAGAUAUAAGUGCAUUUAAAAGACAAAUGGAAAUCCACGCAACACAUGAGAAUCAUGACAUAGGUAUCGCUGACCAUCCAGACUAUCCACACUUUGCGAGUGAUGACUUUCUUAAAGGAAGUUAUGUUAGUGCAGAAGUGUUGCACGGUCCUGAUGGUGUGUUAGAUGGAUACAGUGCGUUUCAUGAUGGUAGUAUACAUAGCUUGCAUGAUGGAAUGUAUGAAGGUGGUGGUCACAGAGAUGGGUUUGGUAUGAGUAGUGGACAUUCGUUUGGUGAAGGUGGCGGUAGUGGAUUUGUGGCGGGUGGUGGUGUAUUAGGGGGCAUAGGGGAUACAAUUCUAAACACUCCAACUGGUGAAAUGUCUCUUCAUCAGUUUGGUGAGCAUACAUAUGAUUCUCCUGUAGGUCCUAUGCGUCUGCUACCUUCUCAUGAUGGAGCCAUGCACCUGGAGACUCCCGAUAUUCAUAUAUCUGGACCAGUCCACCAUGAGUACUCCCAUGUUGAUGUUGAAGAAGAAAAGAAACCGCCUGAUUUGAAGCCUGGACAGACACUAAAGACACCAUAUGGACCCAUGAAAUUGGUGCCUGCUGAUGGUGGAGAUGGUGGAGGAAAGGGUGGUGGCGGUGGCGGUGGUGGUGGAGGUGGAGGUGGUGGUGGUGGCGGGGCUCCUGCUCCACCACCUCCCCCUCCUCCCGCACCCGCACCAGCAAGUGAUGAACCCAUCAAAGUUCAACUAGCAUUAGAUGCAGAUGCUUUAAAAGCACUCGGUGGCGAUGGUGCUCCUGCUCCCGCUCCUGCUCCUGCUCCCGCACAAGACAAGGAAUUAGGAACACUUGAAGCUCUUGCACUUGGUGCAUUACUUGGUACUGGUGGGAAGGGUGGUGGUGGAGGUGGAGAAGAUAAAGGCGGUGGUGGUAAAAGUAGUGGCGGAGGUGGCGGCGGCGGUGGUGGUGGCGGUGGUGGAGGCGGUGGUGGAGGUGGUGGUGGCGGUGCUGAUGCUGCUGCAGCCGCUGGUUCUGCUGCUAAUUUAGGAGCUGCCAUUGGUAUAGAUUUUUCUUUUGUAAUAUCUUUUUGUUUAUGA